UAAGUUUAACAGCAACUUUAAGUUACCCAGUUUCCAGCAAUCUGGAGAGAUAGAGAAGAAUGAGAGUUGGAAAGAUGAAAGUAAAGUCCUGCUUAGUUGACUUGGCGCCAUUUGCAGCCAUGGUGGCUGUGGAGUGCCUGGAUGUUGGCUUAACUACACUCAGCAAAGCUGCCAUGUCCAAAGGGAUGAGUCACUUUGUCUUUGUUGUCUACUCCAAUUCUCUGGCUUCUGUCAUUCUUCUUCCUGCUGCUUUUUUCUGCACUAGGAAAAAGAGGCCACCAAUUACUUUACCUUUGCUAUGCAAGUUUUUCCUCCUAAGCGUUGCUGGGAUUACUUUGAUGCAGAACUGCGUAUUCACCGGUGUAAACUACAGUUCUCCGACCCUUGCUUCUGCUCUUGGCAACUUAAUUCCAGCUUUCACUUUCUUACUUGCUGUUAUCUUCAGGAUGGAAAAGCUAGAAUUGAGAAGCUCAAGGAGUCAGAUCAAAAUCUUGGGCACCUUGGUAUCCAUUUCUGGAGCACUGAUUAUGACCAUUUACAAGGGUCCUCCACUACUUUCCCCACCAUCUCAACUACACUCACAACCAUCUCCCUCAACCAUGUUAACAACAACAACAGCAACAACAAACAAUUGGAUCAUAGGUGGACUCUUCGUUGCCAUUGCUUGUUUGUCCCUUUCAGUAAACAUCAUUGGUCAGGCGGCAAUUCUUAAGGGGUAUCCCUCAGAGAUAACACUAGUGUCCUUCUAUUGCUUCUUUGGGAGCAUUCAAUGCACAUUGGUUGCCUUGAUUGCUGAAAGAAACCCAAAUGCUUGGAAAUUGAGUCCUGAUGUUGAACUCAUCUCAGUGGUCUACUCGGCCCUAUUUGGAAGUGUGGUAACGUUUGCUGUGAUAGCAUGGUGCAUACGACGGAAAGGGCCAGUCUUUGUAGCCAUGUUCAAACCCUUAAGUAUUGCUAUUGCUGCCUUCUUGGGGUUCAUUUUCCUUGGAGAAACGCUAUAUAUUGGAAGCAUUGUUGGAGCAGCCAUCAUUGUUACUGGCUUUUACGGAGUGAUAUGGGCGCAGUCCAAAGAAGAAAAGGACGAAAUCGUCAACAUGCAUAAGCUACAGUCGUCGUCCUCGUCGUCAUCAUCAUCAUCGUCAUCAUCAAACACCCCUCUCUUACAUGGACAUCUUGAUGCAUAAAUGAUAGUGUCUUUUUUUCUUGUUAAUGAAUAAGAGGAUGAGAAUUCUUAUUAUUUGCUAGCAACUGAGCCCUUCUUUAUAAAUGUGUGAAUUAUCGAUAUAUCCACUCCUACGAAAAAAUUGCAGUUAGGUAACGUCCGGUUCGAAAAAAUUCAUAAA